UUGAACAACGUCUGCAGCACAUUCAGCCUUCGCUCCUUUCUAUUCCUUAUUGCCUGCCUCAAUCGACCUUCACCAUGGCGCUGUACGAUACAAGCUAGUCGUCGCAGUCCUCGAGAGACUUACGAGUCUUGAUCACCAAUUCGCCGAACGAUAUCACAAGCUCAGCGAUAACAACACAUCCACUAUCGCACACGCCUUCACGCUCACGGUCUUCUCAGUAUUACGAUCGCGUACACAAUGACGACCUUCAGCCUGCGCAAGGCAGCGCGUAUCAUUCUUAUCGGCGCACCGGGCGUCGGCAAAGGCACACAAACUGAACGCUUGCUGAAGCGAUUCCCUCAGUUAUCAGCAAUCAGCUCUGGAGAUUUAUUGCGCGACAAUGUUCGGAAUCGCACUCCUCUUGGUAUUCAGGCUGAGGCUCUUAUGAACCGAGGCGCAUUGGUCCCCGACUCGAUGAUUCUGCGCCUCAUUCGCAACGCUCUCACUACUAAAGGCUGGCUCAUCCCAGCAGACGGCAUCCAGCCCAUCACUCUCAACUACAGCUCCGCCAGUGCAGACCUCAACCCUGCCGCCGCGAACGAUGGGCUACCCCCGGACAAUUGGAUCAAUCUGCCACUGGAUCUUGACACUGGCUAUCGAUACAGCGACCAUCCGGACGCAUCGUUCGUCCUUGAUGGUUUCCCUCGCAAUGAAGCACAGGCAGCGCAGCUAGAAAAGAUGGUGCCCGUCAAUCUCGCGGUUCAAUUACAUACUCCAGCGGAAAUUAUUGCCGAGCGCAUGAGCAACAGAUGGGUGCACCCUGCAAGUGGGCGGGUCUACAACACGACGUUCAACGCCCCAAAGGUGAAGGGCAAGGACGACGUGACCGGAGAACCAUUGAUUCAACGAGAAGACGAUAAACCAGAAACUUGGAGGAACCGACUGAAGACUUUCGAGGACAACAGCCGUGGACUACUCGACUAUUAUGACCGCAGAGGCGUCCUUUGGAAAGUCGAGGGCAACAGCAGUGACGAGAUCUCUCCAAAGCUAUUCCGAGAAUUUGAGAAGCGAUUCGCGAGGGAUUUCGUGGCAUUUUGAGCAAGCAGACCAGAAUGCAAGAUGAACAUGCUGAGCGUGGCGUCUAGGCGCAUGAGGGAGCUUGCUUUUUUGACGAUACGAAGCUGCCACUGAGAAUAUAAGGAUCAGAAGUGCGCGCGUAUAAAGAGUUGUUGGAAAUGAGAUGUACAAAGAGAGGAAGACUGACUAUCACUACUACCUUUCUUGUGGUAAACUUGGAUGUUCAUGGUGCAAGUUGGUGCGUCUUAGCAAAGCUCCAAAAUAUUUAUUUCCUUGG